AGUGGUGAAAUAAACUGAACUGAACUGAAUUAGGGCAACCUUCUCAUCUCUUUCGGCUUUUCUUUCAUCGCUCAAUCCCAUUCUCAGAUUUUCGAUUGAUUUUCCAUGGCCAACAAUCCAUCACAGCUUCUCCCUUCCGAGUUGAUUGAUCGCUGUAUAGGUUCGAAGAUAUGGGUGAUAAUGAAAGGUGACAAGGAGCUUGUUGGUACUCUCAGAGGCUUUGAUGUUUAUGUUAACAUGGUUCUUGAGGAUGUUACUGAAUAUGAGAUCACUGCCGAAGGGAGACGGAUAACUAAGCUCGAUCAGAUCUUACUCAAUGGAAACAACAUUGCUAUUUUGGUCCCUGGGGGUUCACCAGAUCCAGAGUAAAUGGUGCUACUAGGUUACCAAUGUUUUUAACUCUGAUGUUGCGCUCUUGGCACAUACUUCAUAUAUUUUGACGAGGAUUAUGAGGCCGCUAGGUUUUAUCUUCCCUAAACUGGAUUUUAGGGUACAUGGCUGUAGUGUAAUGCCUAUUCAACUUUUAUCAUGUUGAAUUGUGGAUUGUCCAGUGUAACAAGUAAUGCUACUGAUUAGCGCCUUAAUAUUCCAAUUUCUACUUCAAUUA